CCAAUCAUGUUCGUCCAGAUCACAACUUCCGGUUGGGAGCUGCUAAAACUCAAGAUGGCUGCUGCGCGGAACGGAAAGAGCGGGCUCCUGGAGAAGUGGAGGAUCGACGAGAAGCCGGUGAAGAUCGAUAAAUGGGACGGCGCCGCCGUGAAGAACUCUCUGGACGAUGCAGCUAAGAAGGUGCUGCUGGAGAAGUACGGUUACGUGGAGAACUUCCAGCUGGUGGACGGCCGUCUGCUCAUCUGCACCGUCUCCUGCCUGUUCGCCAUGUUGGCGCUGGUCUGGGACUACCUCCACCCGUUCCCCGAGUCCCGACCGGUGCUGGCGUGCUGCGUGGUCUCGUACUUCAUCAUGAUGGGCGUCCUGACGCUCUACACCUCCUACAAGGAGAAGAACAUCUUCCUGGUGGCGCUGCAGAGAGAUCCUGCCGGCAUGGACCCCGACCACGUCUGGCAGCUGGCCUCCUCCCUCAAACGGUUCGAUGAUCAGUACACCCUGAGAGUGUCCUUCACCGACGGGAAGACCAGGCGCUCGCGCGAGGCCGACUUCACCAAGUCGGUGUCGGCGUUCUUCGACCAGAACGGGACUCUGGUCAUGGAUCAGUUUGAGAGGAGCGUGUCCAGGCUGCACGACGCGCUGGCCUCCGACAAGAAGACCAAAUGAGGGCGGGACCACGGCCAGAACUCUGCUCGUCUGCCGGGCCUUCCGCUCCACCGUUCCUGGUUUCAGUUUGAGGAUCCGUCGGGCCAGAACCUGAACGGGAACCAGAGAACUGUGGGGAUGAAGACCUCCAGAUGUUCUUCCUCAGAGGAGGUGCUGCUUCUCCUCGGGACUUUCAGGCUUGGACUUUUGCUUUCUCUGGUGGGAGGAGCCACAGAGAGGAAGUGGGAGUGGUCAUCAGAAUCUGUUCUCUGACGGCAGCUAAUAAAGCAAAUUCAAAUAUAAAAACAUCCAGUUUCUGUGUUGAGAUGUUGGCUGGAGUCUGUUGGCUCCUCCUCCUCAGAGUGAAGCCCUACAGGAAGUGACUUUAUUUUGAAAGUUGUGUGCAAAAAUAAAGCUGGGAGUUUGUUCUACUG